AUGAAAAAGGGCGGGGCAAGACUUCAACGGAAGGAUAGUGACGAAUGGCUUUGCUCAUCCACAUAUCAACCGAAUCGAGAUGAAAUAUUACAGAAGUCGGAGGAAAAGAAGACACGAAAAAAGAAAAGAUUAAAAAUAGCUGUAGUCGUGCCUAUGAAAACUUCUGUGACGCCAAAAUCUGAAGUACGGCAUAGGAGGAGAUUUGAGUCCCCACCAAAGGAUAACGAAAUCGUUACGAUUGAUGAGGGUGACGACGCUGACAUUCUGAAUUUUGUUUCCACCUCCAAAGCUAAUCCAUCACUAAGAACACCCACUUCCAGUAUGGCUAACAUUAAAAUCGUUUCGCCGAUGAUACCGAAAUCAGUAUCAUCCAUACGAAGUUCGUGCUCACCGCCCAUUCUACAAAUUCGUCAAAGUCCUGAACAACUUUUCGCUGCUCUCACACCAAAACGACGGACGUCUUUCGAAGUUGCACAGCCGGCGAAGCGGAGAAAAGAAGAGCAAGAUCCGUUCGAAGACGUCGAAAAUUAUGUGGGAAACGACAGUGAAUCAGACCAGGAUUCCGACAUUUCGAAUGUGUUUGAGACACUUUCACCAAUUAAAACUCAGUUUGCCGACUCACUACCAAAGUUCUCAUUAGAUUUUAUUACUGGAUAUGAAGCACAGUUUACCGCAUUCGAAGAUACACAACCACCGAUUGAAAAUGAUAAAAAUGACAUUAAAAAUUCACCUGACCUAUUCGAUGAUUUAGAAGAUCCCAUGAGUAUUUAUGAAGAGUCUGAAGCUAGAGAAAUAGAAUGCUCUCCCAUGAAUAUUGAGGCUUCCCCAGAAAAACCACGGAAGGUGACAUUCAAGUUUUUUGACUCGGAAGAAGUGAAGGCAGUGAAAAAGGGGAUUGGAUUCGUAGAGCCUGAAUCAUUGUGGAGGAAAGAAAACUUUAUUGAAGAGAGUUGUGCACAGCUACAGAGUAGUGUCUAUCGAGAGUAUGCAAUUGAUGCGGAGACCUGUGGAAUGUCGAUGGCAGAAUCAAGUGAUCUUCCUGAUGAGACAACUCAAAAAUAUCUGACUGCUCAAUCAUGUUCCCUGUUGUCAAACUCGCUGGUAUCUGAUAGUCAAGACGAGGAAAUGUACGAUCGAGACGAGUUGUUCGGACUUUCAGCGCGCCUUGCCUCGUUGAUGUCAAGCAAAACUAGUGAAAGACGUCUUCUGAUGAGUGAUGUGGUUUUUGGCACGGUGCCAAAAGAGAAGUUGAUCAAGCUGGAGUUGAGCAAAGUUCAAAGCGCCUUUGGCAUGACAAUUCUGGACACCAGUACAUCAUUACGGAUCAUCAAUCGAAGCUCAGCAAUCCGUCGUCUCGCCAGCACCACAGCCGUCCCCUGUUCCUCUCUUUCUCCCGCCCUUGUUUGUGACCCCGCCCCUCAAUUCCAUCUUCCUCCUGCGGCAACAUCAACCAUCUCCCUCUUGUCCUCAUCGCUCCCACCUCCUACUUUGGCGUCUAUUUCUACAAUCUUUUCGAUUGGAGCAUUGUCGUCGUCUUCUGACUCGGUGACGACGACGACGAUCGAGGACUGUCUCAAGGGCAGUAUUCAAGUGCUGAUCAACCCGCCGUUGGUCAUCGAAGGCGCUCUCUAA